AUGGAUUAUUGUCUAAAAGUUCAUCAUUAAAACUUUCAAAUUAUUGGAAUAUGUCAACUAUGUAAAUAAGAUUACAUAAGUUGUAAGUUUUGUGCUUCUGAACUCCAUGUUUAACAUAUUGAUGAUUUUCUAUUAAUUGAUAAUAUGCUCUUGCUUCUUCAUUAAGUAAUAAACAAAAUUGAGAAUGUAAUACAAACAUUGAAAUCAAAAAAAUUAUUGAAAAACUAACAAUUUUUUACUUUUAUUCAAUCUAAAUAAAAUCUACUAUAAGAUAUUAGAUCUUAACUUAUAAAUCAAACCUUUAAAAACAAUAUUUCAACUUUUUAAAUAUUCACUAAAAAUAUAGAAAGGAAUAUUUUAAAUGAUAUUCUCUCUUAUUUGAUUACCUAGUAUAAAAUCUUUGAUGAUAUAAAUGAUGUGUAAAAUAUUAAACAAAUAUUUAUCGACCAAUUCUAAGAAGUUUCAAAAGAAUAUUUAAUUCUCUUAAUGUUUGAUCAAUGUAUUUAGCAUUAAUUUCUAAGGUCAUCUAUUAAAUUCUAUCCAAAAAUACAAAGAAGCUCUAUAAAUGUCCUAAACGCUGAUAAAGUUGACAAAUAAAAAAUAUUUCCUUAACUUAAAUAUUUAAGAAUUCAAUGAAUCUAACAUUUUGAAAUCUAAUUAUUAUCAUUAGAAUUUAGAAUGUCUUCUAGGGAGAAAUCUAUAUAUAAUUUAAGAAUAUAAAAAAAGUCAAGCUUUUUACAAGAAAUUGUGUUUUAAAGAUUAGAAGUAACAAAUUCUAAAGGAAUGUUACAUCUAUCUCAGUCUUAAUUUAUUCUAAACAGAAUAAUACAAAGAAGCCUUAGAUUAUCUAAGUAUGUAUAGUAAAAUUGACCCUAAUAAUUUACUCAUCACUUAUUUUGAAGGUUAAUACGUAAUUUAAUUUAAGGAUAUGCUUUAGAAAGGAUGAAUGUAUCAGAAAUUGCUUUAGAAAAAUAUAAAUAAGUUGCUUUGUAAACGAAAGAAUUAUUUUAUAAUCUAAUUUAUGGUAAAUUAUUUAAAUAAUUAGGAAAAAACNUAACUAUUUUCCAUAUUCACAAGAUUACAAUAUUCAAACUCUUUAUUGUGUGCUUUAUAAUUUUAAAAUUUAUCGAUAAAUUCCUUAUUUUCAUCAACACCAUUAUACUCUUUUGGUAUUCUAGUUUUCUAAUUUGA